CAGCAGCUGCACGGCGGGUGACGUCAUCCGAUUCCCCGGUGGUGCCUUCACGGUCCACACCGUAACCGUGCACGAGGGCCGUAAAGGGGAGGGGCCUAGCGGGAUGGGGGUCCUCCUCCCUGCAGCAGGAGAUGAGUGCUCCUCCGAGUGGGAACUGUUAGUGAACUCCACUGAGCCUCAGCUCUGUUCAUCGGUGCAGCCGCAGAAGCAGAGCAGCGAAGCGUGGAGGUCUGAGAGCGACAUGGACUCGUGUGGCUGCGCUCUGGAGCUGCUGGGGAUGCUGGUCUACGUGGUGGGGUGGCUCUGCGCUCUGGCCACCGCCCUGCUGCCCCAGUGGCUCACCAUGUCCACGGCCCUGAUGCCCGCGGAGAGCUACGGCCUGGGCCUGUGGGAGACCUGCGUGGUCCAGGACCUCGGCGUCAUGGAGUGCCGGUCCUACGACAGCCUGCUGGGCCUCCCCGGAUACCUGAAGCUGGCCCGCGUCCUCAUGUGCACCUCGCUGGCCGCCGGGCUGCUGGGCGCGCUGGUGGCCGCGCCGGGCCUCCACCUGGUCAACAGCUGCGGAGCCGGAGCAGGCGGCUCCAGGGCCAAGGGCGCUCUCACGGCCACGGGGGGGGUCCUGGGGGUGGUCUCCGGGGUCCUGUGUCUGAUCCCCGUGUCCCACAUGGCCCACCUGGCCGUGGUGCACUUCUUCGACGACACGGUGCCCGACAUGGUGCCGCGCUGGGAGUUCGGCGAGGCCCUGUUCUGCGGCUGGGCCGGAGGGUUCCUCCUGGUGGCGGCCGGCCUCCUCCUGGUCUCCUCCUGCUGGCGUUCCCGGGCGGAGCCUCGGCCGGCGCCGCAGGGCCGAUACCGGGUGAUGAGCGCCGCGGAGGAGGCGUCCUCCAGGAAGCGCUCCGAGUAUGUUUAACGUGUCAAUCAAAUGUUCUGUAAAUAUGUAGAAGACAUGCAACAAUCCAACGUCACAAUAUAAAUAUAUACAAACAGAAAACCUGCUGUGACCAGUAAGAAUGAAUAUUUUUUUAAAAGAUGUGUUUUUAUUAAAAAAAGAAAAGAAAAAGAAAAUGUCUUAGCUUCUUUUUUUUCUUCUUUUUUUAAACGCUGUGAUUGUAAAUUAUUCUCGACGCUAAAAACAGAGAAAUCUGAUGAUUCACAUAAAGAAUUAUAUU